AUGGCGGACCCACCGUCUCCGCCCCCAGCGGCGGCCACCCUUCGACAACGACGCGCGGCAGCGCCUUCUGAAGACGAGCCGCCGGCGCCAGAGCCCGGGGCAAUCCCAGAGUCGAGUCGGGGAGCAGGACGGGCAGAGCCAAAGCCCAUGAAGGGAACAUUCAACGUCAUCCUGGGCCUCUACCUUCUCGUUGUAGUCGCCGGUUUUGCUGCGCUGGCCGCUGGUGCGGGAGCACUGCUGUACUAUCAGAAUCCUGGCGACUACUUCCGCCCGACCGUAAAAGCAAAGGAGAGUCCGUCGUGGUUUUCGUCCCCGGAUAAGGAGUGGGUGGUGGACUUGGGCGCGGAUGCGGAGAAGCGAGAAGCCGUCGUGAAGGCUUUCAAGUAUGCUUGGAGGGCAUAUGAACGCGAUGCGAUGGGUUCGGACGAGUACCAUCCCCUCGCACGGAAGGGGAGUAAUUUGACUUCUGCUGGAGGAAUCGGAUAUAUGGUCGUUGACGCGUUGGAUACGAUGAUGAUCAUGGGUUUGGACGAGGAGUAUGCUAGGGCGAGGAGGUGGAUCGAGACGAAGCUACAGUUUGACAGGGACGCCGAAGUUAGCGUGUUCGAGACGACGAUUCGCGUCCUUGGUGGGCUGUUGUCCGCGUACCAUCUCGCUUCAAAACGACUCCAUCCGUUCAUCCCGCCAUCCGACGCCGCACUCUUUCUCAACCAAGCUGAAGACCUCGCAUCUCGACUUCUUCCGGCCUUCUCGACCGCGUCAGGUCUUCCAUUCUCCUUGAUCAAUCUCCACAAGCGGGUGGGCGUGCCGGACAGGGAGAACCGUGGGUUAGUUAGCACGGCAGAGGCAGCGACCCUGCAACUCGAGUUCCGUUAUCUGAGUUGGGUGUUGGGUGAGGAUGAGUUCCACGAAAGCAAGAGCAAUGUGCGUCCAGAGCAAUACUGGGAGAAGGCAGAGCGGGUGAUGAAGGUCAUUCGGAUGGCGCGAGCUAAUGGCGGACUGGCGCCAAUAUUUAUGAAUAUCGACGCAGGCAAAUUCGUCUCCUCUGACAUUCGGCUGGGCUCGCGCGGGGACAGCUACUAUGAGUACCUCCUGAAACAACACCUCCAGACGGCGUCGACGGAACCGAUCUACCGCGACAUGUACACCACCGCAAUGAACGCCGUACACCGGACGAUUUUCGUCCGCGGGCCUCUCACGGGGAUGCUCUUCACGCAGGAGAUCCAGUCCAAACGCAAUGCUCAAAGUGGGAUGAGUUGGGUGCGAGUUCGGAAGCAGGACCAUUUGGUAUGCUUCCUUGCUGGGGAACUCUUGUUGGGGGCGGUAACUGUGCAUCGGGCUGCCGGCGUCAAGAAAGUUUCGAUUCCACCGCGAGCAGAGGAGCUGACGGAGGAGGGGAGGCGAGAUUGGACCGCGGGCAUCGAGUUGCUGGAGACAUGUGUGGAUACGUACCGGACACCGACGGGACUGUCCGCGGAAAUUGUGCACUUCCGCGAAGCGAUGGACAAAAGCGCGAAAAAUGGGGACCGGGUUCGGGACUGGUACAUCAAGGAUGCCAAACCUCCCGGUAACCCACCUGUCUACGACGCACGCUACAUUUUGCGGCCCGAGACCAUCGAGUCGCUCUUCGUUGCCUGGCGGCUGACCGGCAACCCGCGAUACCGCGCAUAUGCAUGGCGGAUAUUCCAGUCAAUCGAGCGCGAGUGUCGGCUCCCCAGCGGCGGCUACGCAGGCAUCAAGAACAUUCUCGACGCACGCCACCACGAGGAGCAGGUCGCGCAGCGUGGGGCCGAACGCUGGGAAGACAAGAUGGAGACGUUCUUCGUCAGCGAGACGUUGAAAUACCUGUACUUGAUGUUCAGCGAGGCGCGGUUGCUGCCCUUGGACGAAUAUGUCUUCAACACUGAGGCGCAUCCGUUCCCGAUCUUCGAUCCGGGUCCAAGGAUCGGCACCGGGCUGUGA